AUGAAUGAGGGGAAAUUGGAGGAUCUUACUUUUGAGAUGUCUCUCGUAUUAAUAUGUUUCUUUCUUAUCACAGGCACUAAGACAAGAGAACGUGGUAUUAUAGCUUCUCCUCUCAAUGGUGGUAAACCUUGCCCCCACCUGCAUGAAGUGGACUUGUGUUUUAAAGAAGACAUCCUAGAAUGGCAUUACGGGGAAUGGAAAGAAUGUGUAAUCGAUAAUCCUCGAAAAACAUGUGGGGACGGAAAAAGAAUGAGAGACAAAACUUGUUUUAAGCUUGGAGGAAAACUGCUCUACAGCUUCAAUUGUGAAAGAGAAGUUGUAUCGUAUGAUGAAGAAUAUUGCCGAAUUUAUUGUCCAAACGACUGCGUUUUGUCUGAGUGGUCCCAGUGGUCUGCAUGCAGCGCACCCUGUUUCACACCUGAGUGGGAUGGAUGGAAAUCUAAGAAUCGAACACUAAUUGCUGUAGCAGGCGAAGGAGGAAAAUGUACGGAAAGGAUGAUGGAGGAGGAAAUUUGUAAUGAUCGCCACUGCUAUCCGUUCAUAUGGCGUGUGGAAGAUUGGGGAUCAUGCUUACGUAAAGAGGAUGUAAACAUGAAGACAGUGUGUGGAGUUGGAGUCCAAAAGAGGAAGGUUUACUGCUCUAAAGGAUCAAAUGCCACCAAAACAGACGGAAGGUGUAAAGUCAUACCUAAGCCGGAAACAGAAAGGGAGUGUCACUUUCCGUGUCCUUUGGAUUGCGUUGUGUCCAACUUUACAGACUGGACACCUUGUGAACCAAAAUGUGAAACAGAUGGUGUUCAAAAGAGACGACGGAUAAUCCUGCAGUAUCCUAAAUAUGGAGGUAAGGCUUGUCCAGACGCUCUGGAAGAAGCUAGACAUUGUACUGAAUCUCAACAGCCCGAUUGUCUGCGGUGGACACUUGGUAGACGCUCUGAACCAUCCUAUCACUGGAAUAUCAGUUCAUGGAGUGAGUGCUUGCUUCCCGUUGAGAAACAACCGUGUGGAUUUGGGUUCCAAGUUAGAAACGUGAGUUGUUUGGAUGGUUAUGGCCGUGUAGUGGAACCGUAUUUUUGCCUGUUCGACAAUUUCAGCCUAGUUCCUACGGCCCUGAGAUCCUGUGAAGUGACAUGUUCCUCUAAAGAAUGUGUUUUAACGAUCUGGAGUCCAUGGUCUGAAUGCAAAUAUACUUACAAAUCUAAAAGGUCACGACAUCGGGAACUUGUUGGUGAAAGUGCGUAUGUCAAUGACUGUGAAAUAAAAUUCAAACUUACCGAGGAAGAAGAAUGCCCCGUCAUAACUGAAGCAAUGCUAUUCAACAAUAACGAUGACGCCAAAUGGAUGUCCUGCAUUGUCGAAGAAAGCAAUAAAACAGAAGUUCUCAUCAAUGGUGAAAUUAGGAAACUCGAUUGUGGUGAAGGAUAUAGAUAUAAAAGGGGACUGCAAAUAAAUAAGGAACAUGGCGUUGAACCUGGUUUAGAGAAGGAUUUGUGCCUUGUAGAUUGUCCUUUGGAUUGUAAAGUGACAGCUUGGACUCCUUGGAGCCCGUGUAGCGUUCCUUGUGGAAAAGGUUUUAUAGAACGACGUCGAAAUGUUUUACUUCCAGCAAACAGUUUAGGUAGACCGUGUCCAAAUGGUGAAAAUAAAGAUGAGAUUCAAAAGGACGUAUGCCACAUAGUUUGUGCCGAUUAUUAUUGGUUGGCGGACAGUUGGAGUAAUUGUUCUUUGACAAACGAUUCCUUCUGUGGAAAUGGGAUGCACUACCGUUUAGUUAGAUGUCUCAAUAAAUGGAGUGAUGAAGAAGUACCUGAAUCGAAGUGCGAUCCCUUGCUAAAACCAGUGGAAUUAGAGCCCUGUCGACUACAUUGCCCGGGGGAAUGUGUCCUAUCACCUUGGAAGAUCUCGAAGAAGUGCUCAGAGCCUUGUUCCAGAGAAAAUUAUGAGGAAAAAACGAGAUGGGUUAUGAGAUAUCCGAACUCCACUGCCGAACCUUGCCCUCACCUGAUUUCCAGAAGUCCUUGUGUUUGGAACGAGAAUUGCUUCAACCAUUCCUUUGUGAUGGGCAGUUGGGGCUCGUGUGUCCUUCCAGAGGGUUCCAUGUGCGGAGAAGGUGUCCAGAAGAAACCACUUAUGUGCAUGCGAAGUGAUGGGAGACAAGUGGAUGCAGUGCAGUGUGAAAAGAAUCAGCGAUCACCCUCACUGCUAGAACCCAUAUCUAAACCCUGCUAUAUCGAUUGUCCUGCUGACUGUGUACUAUCUGAAUGGUCAGAGUGGAAAGAAAGUUCGUGUUACGCAUGCGGAAAUCCGGGUUUUGCUACCAGGACGAGAUCUGUCAUCCAGCUACCUAGCGAUGAUGGACAACCUUGUUCUCCGGAAUUGGAGCAGAGGAAACCAUGUUCUUUUAAGGCCUGUUACCAUUGGAAGAGGUCCUCAUGGUCACCAUGCAACCUCGAAUCAGCUGACUGCGGUUAUGGCUUACGACAUCGUGUUGUAGAAUGUGUACGCUACGAUGGAUUAGUAGUAGAUAAAAUGAACUGCCUAACCGUUAAUCUUACAUUUUCAAUAACUAGUUGGUUGGAUUCAUCCUGGCUUUCAUUAUCUUCUGAUGACAGUCAUGAAGAAGAGAUAUGUCACGUACCUUGUCCGGGGGACUGCAUUAUGACAGAAUGGACACCAUGGAGUCACUGCCAAAAGAACUGUCGAGUCGGACAAAUCGUUGGUUACAGAACAAGUUCCAGAAAAGUUCUGUUUGCACCAGAUUAUACAGUUGAUUCUUCUUGCCCAACCCUAUUACAGAAAACUAAACCUUGUUGGAGUGAUGAUUGCAAUUUUUUUCGAUGGAGAUUGCUUAAUAAUUCAUUAACAUGUGAAGGUAAAGAUGGAAUCAUUGUUGAGGGAGGCUGCGUAUCCGUACCACUUCCUUGUGAGCACUGGUGCCAGAAACUAGGUGGUCGGUGCGAUUCCCUAUCGGGUCUUUGCUACUGUGAUAACGGAGAUGGAUACACCACCAUUCUCGAACAACACUCACACGUCCCUUGUAAAAAUAUUCUAAACGGGCCUCAUCCCCCUGCCAAUCAUUCAGCUCCAACACAGGUCAAAUAUUACCCAGAUGACAGCCAAGUCAGUUUCUGGAUGUACGCCAUGAUAUCUAUAGGGACGGCUUUUGUCAUUUUUGUAGCCAUUACUGUGUAUAUGAUGUGCCGUUCCAGUCUGCGCCAAAGACCCACCAGUGUUGAAAGGCAACCUAGUGUACGAAGGCGUACAAAUUUAGCACCACCAGAAACAAACAAUUGUCCCAAUGCCAACAGCAUAGUUCAUAACAGAGAUUAUGAAUGAAACAAUAAAACACUGAUAGCUCUAUCAUAUCAGAUAAGGCAUAUCAUAUGUAAUCAACUGGAUUAUUUUGUGUUGAAAUGAGAUAAAACUUAAUCAAUCACUAAGAAACAUUUUCUCAACUCUUUCGAUGUGUCAAGGCCGAGUGAAAAAAAAAACAUUUUUUUCGCAGAUGCUUGAAUGUGUUUCUUAAAGAAUAAGACUGACACAAGAAACAUUCGUCUGAAUGAAGUUUCAGAAGUCGACAAAGAUUAAAAACGUGGCAAAAUUAUGAAGAAGAAAAAAAAGCAACUAUCAGAACUGUGAUAGAUAGUUGUUGUCUACGUUAAAUAAUUACUUGUUUACCAUCUCUCUAAAAAAAGAUAUCUAAUAAUGUUGAUCUUUCUUUAUUUUUUAAUUUUAUUUGUUUGUUUGAAUUCAUUUUUUAUUUUAUAGCUACAACUCUUACGAUAUCAUUUUUUGCUCAGUUUUUCUUCUUUUAACUAGUUACCGGUCUUCUAUUAACGAACAAAAACGCCCGGUGAUUUGAAAAAUAAAUUAUUAAGAAACAAGAGAGUUAACUGUAUUAAAAACAAAUUAUCAAAAUAUAACUUAUCAUUUCCCAUGUGAAGUCUACAAUUUUUUUUAAUAAAACCACAAUUUAGUGCUGCCCUCUACCGAGAAAAAAAUUAUGCAGAAAUUUACUUUUGGCUUCGUUCUGCUUAGGAAACUAGUUUUCAGUCUUACCAAUUAUAAAAAUUGCUUACAAAGUUCCACAAGAGGUAGCGCAGUUGUAUAUCUGUGAUGUUAAAUGAUUACCAUUUGCUACAAACAAUAUUACUUAGACUGAGGACAAAGCUAACAGGCUCCUGAACAAAUAUUUCAGUUCGGAUUGUCUGAAAUGCAGCAAAAAAAUUAGUUUAACCGCUUCGCUAACCAAUUUUUUUGAGAAA